AUGCAAACAGAGAAGCGUAUGAGAAUCGAAUCGACAGAUGGAAAUAUGGAUCUGACGACGGAGCUGUUGUGCCGCCAAGACUUUGUCGACAUGAAUCAAGAGAUGCACGAGUAUGACGAGAUGCGCGAGAACAUAAUCAAGCGGUCGCGAGAGAUUCUUAAGGCCAGCAAACAGGCGAUCUUUGCGUUGCAUCGAUCGGACAGAGCCGAAGCCUUGAAGCUGUUGGGCAACGCCGAAAGGGUAAUUCCAGAGUUAGUGAAGCUGACGGAAAAAAAUGCGUCGCUUCGAGACGGUGCGCUCUCAUCUUCUUUAGAGGAAUAUGCAGAAGCCAAAUGCUUUUAUCACUACCUGGAUACCAAAUGUUUGCUGCCACGUCGUGAUGUACCAAUUGUCCUCAUGAACGAGUAUCUAGGCGGUGUCAUUGACUUUACUGGUGAAUUGAUGCGCUAUGCAGUUGUAAAGGCGACAGCGAGAGAGGUAGAUGAAGUGAUGCGAUGCAAGGACAUGGUUGAGGCCAUUUCCGGUGAACUCAUCCAGUUUGACUUUCGGAACGGACCACUCCGUCGCAAAUUUGACUCAGUCAAAUACAAUGUGCGGAAAUUGGAGAACACGCUGUAUGAGCUAUCGUUAGUGACAAAUUCGGGUCUGACUUUGCAGGCGCAUUCGGUGCUAGAAGGACCGGUGGUUUCGGUUCGAGAGAACGAAGAAUAA